AUGCCCCGAGAAGCUGCCGCCCACUGGGUCCCAUUUGAGGACAAAGCUAACAUGCCCGACAACGUGCCCGACGUUGUCGAGGUUGGAGCUACCUCCGCUCCUCUUCUGUCUGCAUCCUACUUCAUUGGCGCCAAGUGCAAGCCCUACAACGAUGACUUCAUGCUGUGCAGAGAAGAGUCCCAGGGCUCUGGCGCCAUCGACUGUCUCAAGGAGGGCCGACGAGUCACCCGAUGUGCCGUCUCCGUCAUUGAGGACAUCAACAAGAGCUGUCUUGACGAGUUCCGACUCCACUGGCAGUGUCUGGAGCAGAACAACCACCAGCUCAGUGGCUGCCGAAAGGCCGAGGCUCUGCUCAACAAGUGUGUUUUCACCAAGCUGAACCUCGAGAAGAAGAUCCCUGGUCUGCGACCCGACGAGGAGCCCGUUUUCCUCAAGAAGGAUCCCUGGAUCAAGCCUGCCGUUGAUGACUUCAAGUCUGUUCGAGCUUACGCCGAGGCUAAGAAGAACGGUACUCUGUAA